AACCCUAGAAAAGUUAGUGCUCACCUCUGGCCUCAGUGUGGAAGACGGAAGUUGCAUUGCAUGCAUGUGGCGUAAACUGUAAUUUGAAGAACGAAUUUCUCUUAAAGCUCCCUCUUUUCUUGCUUUUCGCGGUUCUUCUUCUACGAACACCAAACUUUCUUGCACUGUUUUGGCACCAAAAUUCUUUCCCCUGUUCUUCCCCAUUCUUAUGAUCGCUCCAUCGGGUUCUUCAUCGACACUUCUUUGUGUGAAUGAUGAGUCACUCCAGGAUCGAAGCCGCUUCUACCCUUGAGUUUUUCAAAGUCUUUCUUCCCGAUUCUUGCACUCUUCAUAUGAGCAUACCACCAGCUUUUAUGAAGCAUUUAAAUGGGACCUUUCCAGAAAAAGCUACCAUGCAAGAUCAUACCGGAAAUUCAUGGGGUAUUACAUUGGAAAAACUGGAUGACCUUCUGUAUUUCAAGAAUGGCUGGAAGGCUUUUGUAGAUUAUCAUUCUCUGAAAUAUGGGGACUUCUUAGUUUUCCAAUAUGACGGCCACUGUAUGUUUGAUGUUAAGAUAUUUGGUAAAAAUGGAUGCAAGAAGGCAGCGGCAGCAAAAGCUGCUAGCUCUAUCCCGGUUUUGGAGACUGAGAUAGUAGAAGCUGGUAAUUCUGUUUCAGACUCGGAGGCUAAGGUAGCAGAUGCUGGCAAUUCUAUAGCAAACUUGGAGGCUAUGUCAGCAGAUGCUGGAAAUUCUGAUUCAAAACUGGAGGUUGUGGAAGCAGACACUGUCAAUGCUGUUCCAACUUUGAGGGUCAAAGAAGAGCCUGUGGUUGAGGAAGAAGAUGUCAAUCCGUCAAUUUCUCACAAGAGGAAGCGGUUACAGGAUGGAUCAGAGCUAGAUCACAAGUCAAAAAGCAUUGUACCUUUAAAUCGUGGUGGACCUUAUAAUGUCUCGAACUCUGUAGAACAGGCUAUCCCAAGAGGGCCUUUCUUUGAGCGAACGAUGAAACGCUGGUCGAGUCAGAUGCUUGUGGAGGAGCCCUUGCAUUAUAUGCCUUUCUUUGGAGUAGAGAAUUUCAGGAUCGAACCCUUCAAGAUAAUUCCUGUACGAACAAAUCCAGAAGUUGCAAAGUACUUCGAGGAGUGUAACCAAUUUCGAGAACGUAGCUGGGAGAUGCUUUGUAGCCAUGCUCAUUCGUUGUCCGCAAAUCAAGAGCUAAAAUACAUUCAAUUUGAGCAUGAGGAAGUUGAUCGUCAACAAAAUGAGCAAUAUUUCCAAGAUGACCUUCAGGAGGAUAAUCAAAGUGAAGGACCUGAUAUUAUCAUGACAGAUGAACUACCUAUUAGUCAAUCAGAAGAAAUACUGUAUUUGGAGUAUCAACCCCUUCGAACAGAUACAGAAGACAAUAGGAAAUCGGCUAAAAUGGAUACUACUGAGCUUGUUGGGAAUUCAUAUGAUAUUGAAGAGAAUAAUAUGGAUGCUACCACUGAGCUUGGUGGAAAUUUGUGUGAUAAUAUUAAAGAGAAUAAUGUGGAUACUACCGAGCUCAGUGGAAAUUCAUUUGAUAUUGAAGAGAAUAAUAUGGAUACUGAGCUUGGUGGAAGUUCGUGUGAUAAUAUUGAAAAGAAUAAUGUGGAUAGUACUGAGCUUGGAGGAAAUUUGUGUGAUAAUAUUAAAGAGAAUAAUGUGGAUACUACCGAGCUCAGUGGAAAUUCAUUUGAUAUUAAAGAGAAUAAUAUGGAUAUUACUGAGCUUGGUGGAAAUUCGUGUGAUGAUAUUGAAGAGAAUAAUGUGGAUAGUACUGAGCUUGGUGGAAAUUUGUGUGAUAAUAUUAAAGAGAAUAAUGUGGAUACUACCGAGCUCAGUGGAAAUUCAUUUGAUAUUAAAGAGAAUAAUAUGGAUACUACUGAGCUUGGUGGAAAUUCGUGUGAUGAUAUUGAAGAGAAUAAUGUGGAUAGUACUGAGCUUGGUGGAAAUUUGUGUGAUAAUAUUAAAGAGAAUAAUGUGGAUACUACCGAGCUUGGUGGGAAUUCAUUUGAUAUUGAAGAGUGUAAUAUCAAACAGGAAAAACAGUCCCCUGCAUCCGUCAAGGCUACCCGAAAGAAGAAAAAGAGAAAAUCGGCGAGCUCUGAAGUGCAAGAACAAAACGAAGAGACGUCCGAAAUUGAUACUGAUCAAGACUCUAGGAGAGGUGUGGAAACAAGGCAAAAGAAGAAGAUUGCUGAACAAUCUAAGAAGCAGGGUGGACAUGGUAAGAGAAAAAAACGAGGAAAGAAGGGAAAUAAAUCAGGAGUUUCUAGUUCACCUUCUGAACAUGAUGAUGAGGUGGAUGUUUAUAAGGAGUACCCUUUAUUAUUACCAAGGAGUAGCUGGUCCACUACUCAACGGAUAAAUUUGUAUAGUAAGCUUGAUGUUAUAUCAAUUAUAAAGAAUACACUGAACGAAAGGCAACUAAAGAAGUUCAAGAAAAGCUGCUUUGGAUAUUUCUUAGACUUAAAGGUCUCCAAGUUCUCAUCCCAACUCUUUUAUCAUUUGAUUAGACGUCAAUGUUGUUCUAAAAAUCGCCAUGAACUAUGGUUCAAUCUCGAGGGUAGAAUACAUAAGUUCGGGAUGAAGGACUUUGCCUUGAUAACAGGUUUGAAUUGUGGGGAACUACCUGCAAUUGAUAUGUCCAAAAUUCAAAAAGGUAAGUUUAAUAAGAGGUAUUUUGGUGGUGAGAAAACUAUUAGAAGGACAAAACUACAUGAGGUAUUCACAGAAAUGGAUAAAGGGAGAAACAAAGAUGUUGUCAAAAUGGCAAAGCUAUACAUUCUAGAGAUGUUUAUACUUGGUAAGCAAUUAAGGACAGGAAUAAACCAUGAAUAUACCUUAUUGAUUGAUGAUAAGGAACAGUUUGAUAGCUAUCCAUGGGGGAGAAUCUCUUAUGAGAUUACAAUAGAUUUUGUGAAGAAGGCCAUUAAAAGCAAUGAUGCUUCAGCAAUAGGAGUCGGUGGAUUUCCAUUUGCCUUGUGUGUGUGGGCGUACGAGACCAUCCCCUUACUCGCGUUAAAUUCAAAUUUUUUUGCAAUGAGGAUCUCCUUUGGCACACCUAGAAUGAACAAUUGGGCAGCAGAUGUUCAUCCAGAGUGGAAGGACCUUUCAGAGAAGGUUUUUCAAUCUGAGGCUUUUGAUGUUCAGCCUCUUAUAGCAACAGAAACUGAAAUGGAAAUGUCGUACAUGAUACCAUUUGGUGGGGGUAAGCCAUCAAAUGAAAAGAAUAAAUUUCCAUUGGAUCAAGAACACAACAGUGAUGCUAGAACUUCGUACAACAAAGAUCACUGUAAUUGGAAAGGGCCACAGUCUGUUUCAAAGGAUGGCGCAGAGAAUUUUUUGUUCAAUAAGAUAGUCAAUAUAGAAGGAAUUUUAGGCAAUUUGGUUCAUGACAUAGAUAACGUAAAAAAUCUCUUUUCAAAAAUGUGUGGAAAUGCAAUUGAUGCUGCAGAUCAUGAAAAGAUGAGAAAGCAAGAGAAGUAGAAAACUAUGGUAAAGACAACUCCAAAAAGUUUCAAUCAAGAUGGUGAUGCGUGAUGAAGUUGCUGAGAAAAGGGAGCAGCUCUAAUUGAUUCUAUAGUUUCAUCAUACUCAAGCACAUGAAGGAGUAGGUGUAUGAUGUUCAUCAACGAGUAUUGUGUUCAACUUUUGAUUGACUGUGAAUAUUCUAACUGAUCAGUUAUGUAUUUAGGGUUUAGGGUCUAGGGUUGAACAAUUAUGUAUUUGGUUUUGUGAAUCUAAUUAUUAAGUAUAUUUCUCCA